GAGAAGUGUCGGAGCUUCAUUGAUCUGGCCCCAGCGUCGGAGAGAGGUGUGUUGUGGUUGUCGGUGGUGUCUGAGGUACUCUACAUCCUGCUGCUGGUGGUCGGCUUCAGCCUGAUGUGUCUCGAGCUUUUCCACUCCAGCAACGUCAUUGACGGACUCAAACUCAACGCCUUUGCCGCCGUCUUCACCGUGCUGUCGGGUCUUCUGGGUAUGGUGGCCCACAUGAUGUACACUCAGGUGUUCCAGAUCACAGUCAGUCUGGGUCCUGAAGACUGGAGGCCUCACAGCUGGGACUACGGCUGGUCCUUCUGCAUGGCCUGGGGUUCCUUCACUUGCUGCAUGGCCGCCUCCGUCACCACCCUCAACUCCUACACCAAGACGGUGAUCGAGUUCAGACACAAACGAAAGCUGUUUGAGCAGGGCCUGCGCGAGGAGCAGAACUACCUGGACCAGGAGGCUUUCCACUACUUUCGGGACCGCUCCCUCCAGUCCAUCUCCAGCACCGUGGAGGUCUACCCCGGCCACAGCGGAACCAGAGCCGGGCUCGGCUCGGGUCCUUGCCCAGGACCGGGUCCGGGUCCCGGUCCUGGACGGGGCAAAAUUAGAGCCAUGUCAGCCUCCAUGGACCUGGGGGAGAACACAGACUCGCUGGGGGAGGAACAGUGCUGAGCCAUCCAUGGGAAUAGGAGUGUCAUGUGGGGGGCGUGGCCACAUCAGGCGCACUGCUCCUUUAGGUCUGAACUGGCCACCGUUUCUGCCACCAAACGCGAAAGCACAGCCGCCCAUAUUUUCAGUUUUAAGAAGAUUAUUAACUUGACUGGAAGAGACAGGAAACGUCAGUGAAAUUAAUAAAGUUAGAUGGAUAUAUUCUUUAUAUAUUAAAUAAAAAUCAUUAUAAAGUGUGAAAACCAGACUGAGAUCUUUGACUGAGAUCUUCGUGGAUGGAAAUCAGUUGUUCUCCUGCAUAUUACAAGGUGCUAUGUGUAGUAUUUUGACAUUGAUAUUAUCAGUUUUAAGUGUUUGUGCUGGCAAACUGUAGCCUUAAGUGGCAGUUACAAUAUAAUGGUGAAUGCUGAAGAGUAGCGUAACAGUAGCACAAGUAGAAAACCAAUAAAGUCACCAAACAGAC